UCAAACUUCUAAUCAGAAUUGUUUCUGUGAUGUGCGGCAGGGAGAAGUGGCAGGACAGUCUGUGAGCAGAUUCAGCAGGCGCUGAAGUUCACAUGCCGAUGUGGAAUUAAUUAGAAUAGUCGUGUCAGUCCUACCUGAGCCAUUUCAUCUACUUUCUGACCCGGAGAAGAGUGUUGGCGGCCAGAAACGGACAAACGGUAUCCACGACAGACCUGACAGCCAUCAUGUCAGGUUUACCGCUAAAGAAUGGGAAUCUGAAGAAUCUGGAAGAGUGGGAUAUUCUUGACCCAGAGUUUCAACAGCGUUUGGAAGCUGCUCGAUCAGUGCUCCGGCAGCAGAUCCAGCGGGAGCUGAAGAUCAAGGAGGCAGCUGAGAGGCUGCGACGGGCAGUCACCAACCGCAAGAGUGCAGCUGAUGUGGAGGGCCAACUUAAGGCCUCAACCCGCAAGCUGGAGAAGCUGCACUGGGAACUGCAGGAACUCAAUGCAAGGUCUAUGGCCACACAGAAAGACAGUGCCAUAGGUCACUUAGAGGAAGAAGAAAACCUGUCAGGAGAGACAUGUCAGUGGGAAGAGGUCACAUCACCACUGGACAGUCGAGUCAGAACACUGAAGAAACAACUUACCAUGGAGACCAAGGUCAAACAGGGUGCUGAGAACAUGAUCCAGACUUACACUAAUGGCUCAUUUAAGGACAGAAAGAUGCUCUCUGCAGCCCAGCAGAUGUUGCGGGACAGUCGUACUAAAAUAGAGCUGCUGCGCAUGCAGAUUGUUAAAGUCAGUCAAGCCAGAGAUGGAGAGGAGGAUGGCAAAUAUGGUCACUCUAUGGAGAUGAUCAGUCCUGUGGAGCUGCGAGUUGCUGAAUUAAUUCACCACAUGAAGAUUGAAUCAGCUGUAGCAGAAGGAGCCAAAAAUGUGGUGAAGCAACUGAACGGGCAUAAAGUCCAGGACCGCCGAAUACUUGCAGAAGCCCAGGCACGAAUGCAGGAGUCAUCUCAAAAGGUGGAUUUGUUGCGUCUCUCGUUGGAGAGACGUUUAUGUGAGCUGGCUCAUGAUCAUCCCACACAUGCUACCAUUAAAGAGGCUUUAAUGGUAGGCACCUCACCUUCUUACGGCACUCCAAAGAAACGGUCCCAGGCUCCAGCCUCUUCCUCAUCUUCAUCCUUCUUCAACCCAGCCAGUCUAACAGGUCGUUUGGAGGUAUGUUUGAUGGGUUGCCAGGACCUGUUGGAGUCAGUUCCAGGCCGUAGUUGUGUGACCAGUGUCUCAACCACCUCUGGGAGCAUCUCGGAUGUGAAGUCUCUGAAGGUACGAACCGGACGCAGUGCCAAGGCUGAAGACAUUUCCUCGGAGAUAAGUGCAGUGCUGAAGGUUGACAACAGAGUAGUGGGGCGCACACAGUGGAGACAGCUGGGCAAAGAGGCCUGGGGCCAGAGCUUCAGCAUUGAACUAGAACGGUCCAGGGAGCUGGAAAUUGCUGUGUACUGGAGAGACUGGCGAGCAUUAAGUGGAGUGAAGUUCUUGCGGCUGGAAGACUUCCUUGAUAACCAGCGACAUGGCAUGUGUCUCCAGCUGGAGCCACAGGGCGUUCUCUUUAUUGAGCUCAGAUUUAAUUUUCUCCCAUCAUUCCUGCUCACAGGGAAGGACUUCCUGCGUGCCGCCCAAAUGAACAUGAACUUUGCUGCUUGGGGCCGUUUGAUGAUGAGCAUCCUGCCUCCUUGCAACUCACUGGAGCCCAUGAGCCCUCCAUUAGCAGCCCCCAGUACUACAUCAACUCUUUCACCAGCUCAAGAACCUGAAGUAAUGAGUCUGAAUUUUGCUGAAGAACCACCAGGCAGAUCUCCACAUUCCAUAAGAAAGAACAGUAAAAACUCCCCACUGUCUUCCAAUGAGAACAAGAGCCCAAAGCCAAAGAGACAACCGUCUGUUCUUCCACCUACACUGAAGGAUAAAGGGCUUCAAAUAGAAGACUUCAAGUGUAUUUCAGUCCUAGGGAGAGGUCACUUUGGAAAGGUGCUGCUAGCAGAGUAUAAGAGGUCAGGUAAACUGUAUGCCAUCAAAGCCUUGAAGAAAGGUGAUAUUGUGACACGUGAUGAAGUUGACAGCCUCAUGUGUGAAAAGAGGAUCUUUGAAGUGAUCAACUCCUCUCGUCAUCCAUUCUUGGUGAACCUGUACGGCUGUUUCCAGACUGCAGACCACGUGUGCUUUGUGAUGGCCUACUCGCCCGGAGGAGACCUCAUGACGCACAUUCACAACAGCCUCUUCAAUGAGAGUCAGGCUCGGUUUUUCUCCUCGUGUGUGCUUCUGGGUCUAGAGUUUCUCCACAAAAACAAAAUAGUUUACAGAGUUCAGAACAAUAUGAAGUUACUACAGCUCUGUUCUUUCUUUCAGUCUCCUUUCCCCGGCGACGAUGAGGAAGAAGUGUUUGAUAGCAUUGUCAAUGAUGAUGUGCGCUACCCCCGCCUCCUUUCUCCUAACUCUGCAUCCCUCAUUCAGAAGCUGCUGCAGAAAAAUCCUGAGUUGAGACUGGGAGCAGGAGAAGAGGAUGCCUUGGAGAUCAAAAGGCACAAAUUUUAUGAGGAAAUGGACUGGGAUGCUCUUCUGGCCAAGAAGGUGAAGCCUCCCUUCCUGCCAGCCAUUAGAGCUCCACAGGAUGUCAGUAACUUUGAUGAAGAAUUCACUCGUCUCAAACCAGUCCUUACACUCCCGCGGACACCCUGCGUCCUCACUGCUGAGCAACAGGAAAUCUUUGCAGACUUUGAUUUCUCUUUCAUUAGCUGACCACGGCGAUUCAAGCUCUUAUUCAACACGGCUCUUCUGGCUCAACAAAAGAGCAGAAGAUGAAAAAACUAUAGAUAUCCUCCAGAUAUUUCUUCCCGAGCAAGAUCUGCUUAGCUGGGUCUGAUUUCAUUGUGCGGGAGUUACUUUUAACACUUUGCCAAAAUCAUUUUUGUACUUUUUUGUCAUUUUUCGUUAUUUACAGAAUAUUUACACUGCAAUGUUUCUGAAGAGUAGCACUGUCUAACCUGUAAAUAUGUGAAGUCUCACUGAAGGUAAAAUGCACUGAAUGUACUUUUCUAUUGUUUUGUUAUUCUCUCUUUGUUAAAUGCUUAAAAUGGUCAAAAUUCUCACUUCUGUUGAUAUUGACCUGUUAAUGUCUAGAAAUUUUAAAUAACAAAUGUGCCCAUUUAGACAAAACCAGCCUAUAUGUAAAGUGUAAAUUAUGUGAAGGUAAACAUGAAUAAAUGUAUAAAUGCUGGACU